UCACCGAUCACCAUACAAAGAUAGUCGAGACGAAGGAAACGGGAGAUCACCAUGGCGGGGAGCUUAGAUGAUGAUGAAGACUCUGUUCUAGAUGAAUCGGAACAGACCAAUCGUCCGACCGACACUGCUUUUUCUCAGCAGCGAAUUCAAGCCUGGCAUCCAAUUUUAGAUCCGGUGUGGGUGAUUAUUGCACUGUUCUACUUGGGAGUCAUUAUGGUACCAACCGGAUUUAAAAUCGAUUCACUGCAGAAAAAUGUAGUGGAACUCAAAACGAAAUACGACGGAAUUCUUCCCAAAGAUCAAGUCUGCGGCAUUGGUGGCGAGUUUAACGCCAAUCGCACAUGUUUCCUUAACUUUACAGCUCCUCGGUAUAUGCGGGCUCCAAUUCUCAUUCACUAUGAGCUCACCAACUUCCACCAAAAUCACCGAUCCUACUACGACUCACGAGAUGAUUUCCAACUACACGGAAGAGUUGGCAAUCAAGACUCGGUGUCACGCAAAGCCUGUCAGCCACUAAACAAGCUGGGGAACAAGACGCUGAAUCCGUGCGGCUUAGCGGCAAAUACCAUGUUCAACGAUUUUUUUACGCUCGAGUCGGGAAGGGAUAUCAAUCGUAUUGACCUGGAAAUGUUGGAAACCGGUAUUGCUUGGAAGUCUGACAUUGAGUAUAUGUACCGUCAGCCGGAAGGAUUCGAGUACGCCGAAUGCGAACCGAACGCUUGUGAUAGCACUUGCUGCGAGCGCACAACCGAGAAUGGAGAACGAUUUAGUUGCGGCGCACCGUACUUCGACCGCAAAACAGACAAAUGCUUCGCGUAUCACUAUCCUCUUCAAGAUGAAACGCAAUAUUUGUACGAAACGUAUCCCGAUGUUAUUUCUCCAAUUGAAGGAGUGACCAAUGAGCAUUUUGUUGUGUGGAUGCGGAUAGCGACCCAGCCGACUUUUCGGAAACUGUACGGAUGGAUUGACCAAGACAUUCCGGCCGGCGAGACGCUUAGGUUUAGAGUCAAUGCCAACUACGUUGUGACACGGUUUCAGGGAAGCAAGUCGCUAUUGAUUUCCACAAAUAAUAUUUUUGGUGGUCGCAAUCCAUACUUUGGCUCGUUUUUCUUCUGGGUGGGGAUCUUUUGUCUCGCGGCGGGAACAUUUUUUGCAUUUAAACAUGCGUUCCGUCCUCGCAGACUUGGCGAUGGCAACUAUCUGCACUACAAGGACGACUAAAAUAUUUUAUUUCUCCUUACCGUUGUAAUAUGGUACAUACAUCUAGGCAAUGCAUGCAAUUUCUAGUAGUCGACAUUGAUACAGAG